CCGGGGGUGUGGUCUCUGACAUCAGCACGCUCUGUACUAUCCUACUCCAGACUUGGAAGCAGGUCUGGCUCGAGGUCUACACCAGCCACGCAUCUUUAAAUAAGACGAAUGCAUUUAUAUUCUGUAUUUUAACAAAGAAGUCGCACCAACUGGAUUACGUCUCGGAAAUAAGAAGGCAAGAGCACUACCGUAGAUGUGCUCUGCGUUUUGCAUAGUUUAAAACUCGAGUGUCGGCAUGCUGCUCUGAAGUUCGUAUUCGCCCAGUCACGUUUUUUCUCUGGUAGGGCUGGCUGGGAGACAGAGGGCUGGUUGAGAGACAGAAGGAGAGAGGGACCGCGGUUGGUGUGCUCUGAUGUGAGUGGAUUAAAAUGAUCCAGUAUCCAGGUACGGAAGAGUGUCAAGGUUUUACAGCUCUUGCCACACCUGCCAGUGAGAAGUUACUGGGUCCUCCAAUCUGUGUAACACCACCAGCUGUGUAACCUUGGAAUUGCCGAUUAUCGGAACCUCUGGUAAUCGGAACACCACAUAAGGGCUCUAGGACACCCUGUCUUGAAACCCUUCCAGGCCCGGAGCACACCAGACGGGAGAGCACUGACUGACUUACUGACUGACAGUUUCUAACACUGACCUGAAUUUGAUCACCAGAAUGUUUACUCUUUACUUUUCUAUUCAACCCGAUGGCUACUAAAGGUCUGGGAGAGUGCUAAACUACCAGGCCUCGCCGCCUCACUAAGGCAUUUCAUUCUAAUUAAUUAAUCAAAAACAGCAGACGUUAGUUUGUGACCCAGCAGAACUCAGUCGGACCGUGACUUAGGACUUAUCUAUGGGCCUGUGACUGUGGCCAUGACAGCCCCUGACAGCAGCUUCCAGUACCGUGCGCUCUUUGAGUACAAACGGAAACGCGGCGAUGACAUCAGCCUCCAGCCUGGGGACAUCCUGACGGUCCUGAAGGCUUCCCUGAAGGACUACCAGGAAGGGGACGAGCGCAGCCCAAAGGGAUGGCUGCACGGCACCAACGAGCGGACCAAAGAGAAGGGUGACUUCCCCGGGACGUUUGUGGAGUUUGCAGGGCUGAUGAGGCAGGGGCUGUCUGCUGCCAAACCCUGGCCCAGACCCGUGCCUCCCACCCCUGGGGGAACACAGAGCACCGCGUGCCCCGGGGCCCAGCAUCCAGGCGCCACUGCAGUAGGAGGUGUGGGACCAGUGGAGUCGUCCGAGGGGUGUGCUCUGCCUGACCAUGCUCCUGUUGUGCUAGACAAGCUGAUAGAAGCUCUCGAGAGACAGGGCUUGGAGAGUGAGCCUCUGUAUCGGACCCCUCCAGCCUCCACUGGACCCCCUGAACUGCUACAGGCUCUUGACACAGACCCAGUUUCAGUGGACCUGGACAAGUAUGAAGUGGCUGUAUUGUCUGAUACUCUUAGGGGUUUCCUUCAAGAUCUGCCCUCCCCCAUCAUCCCAGCCGUGGUCUACAGUGAAUUGGUCUACACAGCCCAAGAGACUCAGAGCAUAGAGGAGUGUGGCGAGAAGCUGAAGAGGAUCCUGGAGUCCCCUAGUAUGCCUCAGGUCAACCACCAGCUUCUGGUGCACCUCAUCAGACACCUGGUCAGAGUUGCCCAGAGUGGGGCUCAGAACCAGGCCAGCCCCAGGCUUCUAGGCCAGGCUUUUAGUGAGGCCAUUUUCAAACACUCCCACUUAAGUGCGGACGUGAACCCGGAGCACCACAUGAAGAUCAUGGAGGCCCUGAUUACAGCUGGGGGACUAGUGGAGAUGCAGGCAGCCCCAGCUCUUCCCCCUAAGCCGGUAAAGGCCGUGCCUCCAGUGAGCAGCAGCGGCGGUGUGAAGGAGGGGGCUGGGGGGUCACUACAGGAGGCUGAGUGGUACUGGGGAGACAUAUCAAGGGAGGAAGUGAAUGAUAAGUUGAGAGACAUGCCUGAUGGUACUUUCCUGGUUCGGGAUGCCUCCACCAAAAUGCAGGGCGACUAUACACUAACACUAAGGAAAGGGGGAAACAAUAAGUUGAUAAAGAUCUACCAUCGGGACGGGAAGUAUGGUUUCUCGGAUCCCCUGACGUUUAGCUCUGUGGUGGAGCUGAUCAGUCACUACAGACACGAGUCUCUGGCCCAGUACAACACCAAGCUAGACGUCAAACUCAUGUACCCCAUCUCCCGCUACCAGCAGGAUCAGCUGGUGAAAGAGGACAACAUUGACGCAGUGGGGAAGAAACUCCAGGAAUAUCACAAUCAAUACCAGGAGAAGAGCAAGGAGUAUGACCGCCUUUAUGAAGAGUACACAAAGACCUCCCAGGAGAUUCAGAUGAAGAGGACGGCCAUCGAGGCCUUCAACGAGACCAUCAAGAUCUUUGAGGAGCAGUGUCACACGCAGGAACGCUACAGCAAAGAGUACAUUGAGCGCUUCCGUAGGGAGGGCAACGACAAGGAGAUUGAGAGAAUCAUGAUGAACUAUGAGAAGCUCAAGUCUCGUCUAGGUGAGAUCCAUGACAGUAAGAUUCGACUGGAGCAGGACCUGAAGACCCAGGCUCUGGACAACAGAGAGACGGACAAAAAGAUGAACAGCCUCAAACCUGACCUCAUCCAGCUCCGCAAGAUCAGGGACCAGUACCUUGUCUGGCUCAAUCACAAAGGAGUGCGUCAGAAACGAAUUAACGACUGGCUGGGGAUAAAGAAUGAGAACACAGAUGAGGGAUACUUUGUGAGUACGGAGGAGGAUGAGAACCUGCCCCACUACGAUGAGAAGAGCUGGUUUGUAGGAGACCUGAACAGAACCCAGUCUGAAGACCUUCUACUGGGCAAACCUGACGGAGCCUUUCUCAUAAGAGAAAGUAGCAAGAAGGGCUGCUACGCGUGCUCUGUCGUUGUGGAAGGUGAGGUGAAGCACUGCGUGAUCUACAGCACUCCGAGGGGCUACGGCUUCGCUGAGCCCUACAACCUGUACAGCUCUUUGAAGGACCUGGUCCUGCAUUAUCACCAGACGUCCCUGGUACAGCACAACGACUCGCUCAACGUGCGCCUGGCCUACCCCGUCUACGCACAGACGCCCCCGUCGUCCUCCGGCCCUGCCCCACGGAGAUGAGUCACCGCCCCCACAGACAAUCCACCCUGCCUGCCCAGCCCCAGGAGGGACGCGGGGAGUGGGGACAGGUGAUGGGUUGGGACGCGAGGGUACGGGAAUGAGCCUCCUCAUCUAAACUAGUACCCAGAACCCAAGAUAGACAUGAGGAGAGAAAAAAACAACGACAAAAAACACUCGCUGCAACACACACGUCAGCCACCUUGGAGUUAUAUAUAUUUUUACUAGAACAUUUGGAGGGCAUUCUUUCUAAAGACUGCUUGAUUUGCACAAGGAAGUUUUAAAUGUUUGUGAAUGUGAAGAAAAAAACAGAAGGAAAUAAGAAGAGGCGCGUUUCAGGUGACCCCCGCUGCAACAGAAAAUACCACAACAAAAAGAACAUGAAGUGUUUGUUUCCUGUCGUCCAUUUUAUUUAUUUUCUGUUUCUUUUUCUGUUUUUCUUUUUGUUUCCUGCUUGUUUGCUGAAUGAGUGAUGAUGAUGAUGAUGUCGAGGGCAUUGUUCUCUGUCCCUCUCCGAAUGAGAAGAAAAAACAAUGUAGCAUAACAGAUGGAUGACACUCAGUGUCCGUCCAUAUCGACUGCUGCUGAAGGGAUGGGGGAGACGGGCGGGGGAGACGGGAGGGAGUAAGGGGGGGCAUCCAAAAAGGGUCACAAGCAAAACAAGUUUGGUCCUAAAAGAAGAAAAGACGCUUGCUUUUAUACUGUCGGCAGAGAGAUGUUUUCUUGCUUGGCUGGAUCCUAUUUCCUUUGACACAUUGCAAGUUAUGGGAACCUUACAGUCAUGCUGUUAGUCGCCUACAGAGACCAAAGUUGGCAUUGGGAGUGAAAGUCCACUGUUGUUUGUAUUAGUCCUUAAGGAAUGGAGUGUGCUUGCUUCGUUUAAUACCACACAUAAAACAGAGUUAAGGUUUAGUACUCAAGAACUAAAUGCUCUGAGAGGUUUGGUUUUAACCCAAAGGUACGCACAGACAGAUGUGGGUGGGUUUGACUUUCUACACAGCGGUCAUGGUCGGGCUAGAAGCACUUAUCUAAGAGAGACCAGCCCAGACUGCCCUGUACUGUCUGACACCAAAUCUCCAAACUAAACAACCUUUUUAUGUGUGGUUUUAGACCCAAGAAAUGAUGUACGUAUAUGCUAAUGUCUGUUUUUAAACAAACUGAGACUUUUUGUAUUAGUUGCAGAAUCUUUGAGAUAAUAAGCUUUGAUCUGUUUCAGUUUCAACUUAGCAGGUAGGGAGGGAGGGGGUUCCAAGCUGAAGACACUUGCUUUAGAUGAUUCAAACUUGAAGAAGGUGCAAUCCAACAUUGUAUUAUGAUUAUGUAGGUUAGCAGUCACCCAGAGAGCUGAACCAACCCAGCUUCCAGACAUUCACAGGAGAGAUAAUCAAAGUGCACAGUGAAGCUUUUGAAUAUUGUUUAUUUUUAUUUUUGAUGUUGUUUCCCCUCAAACGUCUGACACGGUGCUUGACUUCAUAACCAGUGGAAACAUUUCUGUUAAAUAAAGAAAAAUAUUCUAACAUUGCACAAUAAACACUGAUAAAUUGACAAACACAACUACGAUGACAUUUCCCACUCUAUCAGGUACCUCUACUUCCUGUUAUGAAUUCCCUAUUCUGAUUGGCUGAUUGUUUGGCUACUGUUUUUACGAUUGGCUACCUGUCCAACAGCCGCCUAUGAGACAGACAGAGGGUCUGUGUCCCCGGGGUCCGGUCUCUGGCUGUGUUAAUGUCAGGCCCUCUGAAGGCCUUGUUGCAGCGGCAGGGGGCUGAUUUAGUGACCCUGAGAAGAACAACGACAGCGGCUGAACAUCAAAAACACUCAGCCCUUCUCUGUUACAAGUGAGCCCCCCCUCCUGCAUCUUACUGGACAACAGUUUGGCUUUAAUGGGAUAAAGACACCUCUCCAGCAAUUCUGCGACUGUGGUGAGGCUGGCUACCAAACCUGAUCUAAUCAAUUACAGAGUUAAAUGCCAAACUGGGUUCAAAUAGAUUGCCCACUCGUCACAUUUUGACAACAGGACUAUGCACUCGUUACAAAGUCAGCCUGCACCUGUGUGGCGUCUGCAGUCUUUAACUAGUACGGCAGAAGGCGUCACAAUGAGAACCAGCAUUGCUGGGUGACCGACUGGGGAGGAGGAACGUUCAGGCCAUUCUUAUCUAACCUAGUGGAGGCUCACGGUGAAUGGAUUAAUUCCCAAAAACACGAGGGACGCAACCUCCGUAGCACCCUGGCCACUAGACCAGCCACCUGGCCAACACCCAUCUGUCCUGUACCUCCUCUCUGUGUGACCUCCAUCUACCCUAUAGCCCCACUGGCCAUGCCCAUGGAGCGGUGCAGUACAGAGGUAAAGGGAGACGAGCCAAAACGAGGCGGUGGGGGGGCUCACCAGGCCACAGGCAGAGCUGAAAGCUCUAGAUACACAUGCAAAGAAGGAAGGGAAACGCCUCUGGGGAGUAAAAGAAAGAUGGGUUCUCCCUUACUCGGUCUCUCUCUGGUCUGUUCUGUUGGGCCUGGUAACAGCGGUCAGGGUUUAGGGUGAGGUCAAGCUCUUUCCAUAGGGAAUGUAGUGGGUGAGCAUGGGAUGAAGUGUACAGUGUGGUGAAGGGGGUUCGAGGUUAUGUUGAAUGUAAAACCGGAUCAGGCUGGUAGAUGGACAUUUGUUCGUGUGUCUCCUCAUCCGCUAUUUUAGAAAGAACCCUCAAGGCAGGAUGCUAGGUUAACCAUUUUGCUAGAUCAUGGUUUCUUAGAAUUUAAUAUCUGGUAGAACCAGGUUUAACAAACCCAGAGUGUCAUUCACUGCAAUGGUGUAUGUUUCCAAUAGUGUCUAUUUGUUUCAAAUGGUGUCUAUCCACCUCAGUGGGCCUGCUCAGUUAGGUUUGUCCACUGAGGCUCUCUGUAGCUCAAAUCCCUGCGCAUCUUCACUUCUGUCUCCUUCCUUAUCCUCAACCAUGUUUAAAGGUUGUUCUUUAGGUGACGUUCGGUUCGUUUUUUACAGGGAGCUUUAUUGGCCCCAACUUUAUUACUUGAACUAUUGAAUCGCUCACUGUUGAAUGUCUACAUUAAAAUAUACGUACAUAUAUUAAAGAAAAUAUCUGUUUUUGUUCUAAGGUGAGCAGGACUGGGUUGACCUAUUUAAUGACACACAUUAUGUAACAGUUACAGAAAUCAUAUUAGCUUCUUUAAAGGAGGAAAGGAGGUGCUUUGUAAAAUUUCUCUGAAAUAUGCUAAGAUUUGUUUGUUGAUGAGGGCUUUCUCAUAUUGCACACAACGCUCUUCAGAUAGGGUGCAUCCUAUAUUAUUGGCCAUUGUGGACGCAGACAGUAGGAUGGUCUCAUGCUCAGUAGUCAUUUUCUGUUGUUAGACGGAUUAUUUCUCAUACUAAUCUACAAUGCUAAAAUAAUACAGGUUCUAUUCUAGUUGAUUUGUUUUCCCUCUGUAUACUUUCCUCCCUGACAUUAAGACCAAAGAUUUAAGUUCAUUUCUUUUUUUGCAUUUAGAUGUUGAUAGUUUGAAAGGUUGUUUGUUUCCAUUUCAUAAUAUCCACUGCCUUGCUCGCAGAAGGACUGAAAAGUUACUAAUGUAGAGUAGCUAGUUACGGUAGCUUUUCAGAGGGAAUGUCUGACAUAUAGUUAUCUAGAACCUUCCCUUAGUGAUGUCAAUGACGCUAAUGAUCAACAACAGGAAAUAUGAAGUAUGACAGUAAUUUGUUAUUCAGGAAAGGUUUCACCUGGUGAUAUGAGGUAAAUGAUCGAUACCGACCAUUGUCCUCGCCAAGGACUAUUCUGGGUAAUGAGGGUAAAAGAUUUUCAUUCGGAUCCCCUCAGUCUAGACAAAUUGGAGGUAUAGUUUCCACUGCUAUGAAAGCGAUGAAUGCUAAAAGGCAGGUCCAUACAUACGUCAAGGUGUUAUCUAUAUGGUGUAGAAGGUCUCUGCACCUGGGUUGUUUGUUUGGGUUCAUUGGUCCAUUUUAUAUGUGCCAUUUCUAUAGACCUCUUACUUCACAGCAAAAACACUCCUGGUGUCCGUCUCCUCUUGUUUUUUCACAACAUGAAAUAUUUGCACAAGUGUAUCCAGUUAGAGAUAUGCUUGCUCUGUAUCCAUUCUUUUUUAGGACAAAUCCACUAUGUAAUUUCCCCUGGUGUCUAGUGGUUCGUCUAAACACAGGUGUUUCUUCAGUUCUUUCACUCCAGAGUGCAUGUGACAUUAUUUCCCUCAUGUUCAGGGGUCAGGGCCAGAGGAGUGAAGAUGUUCUUUUGAUGAGGAUUUGAGAGUACAGCACCUGUGUAGUUCCACAGAACCACAGUCCGUUUUAGUGCUGCCCAAACUACGAUACUUUGAGAGGGAAAUGCAUUACAGGUUAAUAGGAGGAAGAACCAAAAUAUCUGUUAACCAAGUUUACUUUUUGACUGUUUUUAAGGGUUUUCUGUGUGAAAAGGAAACACUAGGUUGGAGUGCAGAUCCAGGAUCGGGCAGGAUUAGGUUUCCUACAGCACCCCAGGACUGUUAUAUAGCUAUAAUGUCUCUCGUUUUUCUUCUUGCCCUCAAGCGGGUCUGCAAAGUUUUAUUUGCAGCAAGCGGCCGGUGGGGUUUGAAUAAUAUUGUGAUUCUCACCAGGAGUCGUGUGUUUUCUUACCACUGCUAUCUGAUCACAAUACCCAGCACAGCUUCAAGGAGUACAGCUUCUUAUAUAUAUAUAUAUAUAUAUAUAUAUAUAUAUAUAAAAAUAUAUAUAUAUAAAAUAUAUGUGUGUGUGUGUGUGUAUAUAUAUAUAUAUAUAUAUAUAAAAGUAUUUACAAAGAAAAUGGACACAAAAAAACAAUUUUUGCAGGUUUUGACGAAAGAAAAGUGUAUAUGACACUGUCCCUAUUCCUCUUUUGACAUACGUACAGAUCCAGCAUGCAUCUUUGGUACUAUUGACUGUUGUUUUUGUGUAUAAAAGAAAAAACAGAAAAAUUGAUUUAAAAAACAAAACAAAAAAACAACUGUUCUUUGUCUGUUUAUGGUGUAUUCAGAUCUGAAUUUAAUAUAGCUAACUAAACAAGUCACUGCUUCUAGCUGAAUCAAGUUAUGGUCCUAUUGUUGUCAGUAGUAUAACAAAAUAUGUAAUACUGAGAAAGACGAACAACACAGCAAUACAAACAUACAUGUUCAUUAUUGUUUGCUUGACUUGUUGGGACUAACCUGUCUCUCCACCUUACAACAUAUGUCAAUGUUUGAGACAUCCGAUAAUAUGCUUUGAAUGUUUGACCUGUUGAACAUUUACAGGGUGGCUCACAGUACGAAACUCACAUAAUCAAACAGUUAUUCUUAUUAUUUCACACUGUUCACAGCAUUUUGUAACACCAGCAGGUUUUGUUAUGUAAGACAAAAUACAAGCAAUAAGAUUAAAUCCUUACAUUUUCCAUCUGCUUACUUUAUACCAACAAUUACUGCUAAGUACCCAGUCACAUAUGCUGCCAGGUAUACUGUAACUAUUUCUGUAGCAACGCUGUAGUGUUGCAUGUGGUUGACUCUUGUAUAGCCAGCUAAUAGCGGUUCUCUACUCUCCAUACCAAACAAACAGAAACCUCUUUCUCAGUAUUACAACGACAUAAUGCAUACCUUGCUUCUGGCUUCUAUAGGUGUUCCCUUUUUUUGUUACAUCGGUUUAAUUCCAUCACAGUACACUGCGUUUUCAUAUCUGUUGCAAACGUUUGUAUAGGUUGUAAAGUCUCCAUUUGUUGUGAGAUCAGCUCAUGUACGUUAUCAAUGGAACUUCACCAUAUUCAUUUCUUUGUCAGAAUAAAGAAAAUAUUUUGUUCAAACAUA